AUCAUUUGUGUUGUUUCUCUGUUGAUGCUUUUUUCACUUUCUCUCUAUUUUCUUUUUUAUUCUUGUUGUGACUUUAAUUAUCAUCUUUAUUAUUUAUUUCUCUUGCGACCGUUUUCCCGACUUUUAACAACAAACUUUAAUCCGCCUAAUUAUCCACGCCUACUCAUCCCAGCGACCACAAUAACAAAAACCACACUCAUCAAGCUCACCUUCUUUCACCCACUUACUCCCUUACUUCCACUCACUCACUCACUCGCUCACUUGCUCACUCACAACAACUAACAUAUAUUAAGGCAAAGCUAACUCGGUAUCACUAAAAAAUGUACAGGAAAAACGUGUAUUCCAUACCUGUACUCAAUGCUCCCGAUAUUAAAAACGAGACAAUACCCGUUCUGAAUCGCAAUGCCACCGAGGGAAAGCUUCUCUUUGGAGCUGACAACAUUACCACAGUGUACGAAAACUUUUUGCAUGGCAUGAAGACAGCAGGAGGGCCGGAUGAACCAGUGUUCGGGCAACGAGAAUCAGGCGGACGGCCAGGGGCGCUGAAUGAAUUUAAAUGGGUAACAUACGGCGAAUUCCACGAGCGGUUUCAAAGUCUCGCUCGUGGGUUCCAGGGACUCGGUUUGCAGCCCGGAGACACCGUAGGUAUAUUCUCAGGAAACCGGCUCGAGUGGCCAUUGGUCGAAUACGCGACAUACUAUCACGGUUACAUCUCAGUGGCCAUAUACGAGAGCGUGAGCAGGCCGCAGGCCAUGUACAUCAUCAACCUGACAGAGCUGACGACGGUUUUUGCCUCGCUGGUGUGCGCUAAAAAGCUGAUAGAGAUGCGCACACAGAUCCCAAAGGUGAAGAACGUCGUGCUGAUGGAGCCGCCACCACAGGAUUUGGUGGACAAGUUGAUCGAAAACGGGCUUUCAGUUUUUAAUUUGUCUGAUGUCGAGGCGUAUGGACGCGAUGGCGAGGAGGAGCCGUUCAAAAAGCCGACAUAUGAUGAUGUGGCAACGAUUGUGUUCACGUCGGGGACAACAGAUAUGCCCAAGGGCGUUAUUCUUACGCACGGCAACAUUGUGUCGUCGGUGGCCGGAACCAACUACGUGAUGGACCAGAAGGACUUGGCGCGCAUGGGUCCUAAGGACUGCGGCGUCAGCAUUAUUCCGCUCUCGCACAUAUUGGGCCGCCUGGUCAUGCACUCGAUGGUCGCCACCGGGUGCAAAACAGCGUUUCCGCGCACGACGCCUGAGCACAUGCUCGAGGACAUGAGCGAGCUCAGGCCAACAGUGAUCAUCGGCGUGCCUAAAUUUAUCAAUCGCGUGCAGGACAAGGCCAUGGCGGGGAUUAAGGGGAAGAGCGGGCUGGCUGGGUCUAUUUUCCGUCAUGCGGUCAAGGCCAAGCUGCGCAAUAUCAAGCAUGGCCAGAGCGGACAUUGGCUGUGGGACCACGUUAUUUUCAAGCCAUUGAGCGAGACGCUGGGCGGCCGCGUCAAACUGAUUAUCUCAGGCACGUCGUCUAUAUCGCAUGAGGCCAUGGCGUUCAUAAAGUGCACGUUCUCCUGCGACGUCAACGAGGGCUACGGGCUUACAGAGACCUGCGGGCCUGUCAGCAUUUCGACACACGAUGACAAUUCGGCAGGGUGCGUGGGCACGCCAUAUCCGACAAACAUGGUCAAACUGGUUAGCGUCAAGGAGCUCGGAUACACGGUUGAUGACAAGCCGUAUCCGCGUGGCGAGAUCCUGGUGCGCGGCGCCAAUGUGUUUCGCGGAUACUACCGGCAGCCCGAGCUCACCACCGAAGUGCUCUCUCCCGAUGGGUGGUUCCGCACUGGCGACCUGGGCAUGUUUGACAAUCUGGGUCGGCUCAAGGUCAUCGACCGCAAGUGCAACAUAUUCAAGCUUAACACUGGACAUCAGAUUGAACCCGAGCGCUUGGAGUACAUUUACUGCGACUGCGAUCUGGUCACCCAGGCGUUUUUGUAUGGGGACAGUGACCAUGGGUUUUUGGUGGCCAUUGUAGUUUUGGACCCGGAGUUCCUCAAGAUCUUUUUGACCAAAAAAAAGAUUAUCAAGGAGGGCUCGGAGCCGCCGCAUCACCAGAUGCUCUGCAUUGAUACGAUGGUGCGCAGCGCGGUGAUGAGCGAGAUCAACAACCACGGGAUUGAGCAGGACCUCAGUUACUACGAGCUCAUUAGCAACGUGUAUCUCGAGCCCUAUGGCAUGGACGUGUAUGGAUUGCUGACGCCGACGCUGAAGAUUAAGCGCUACGAGGCUAUUCGCCAUUACCAGGUCACCAUCAAUCGGUUGUACGAGGAGGUCGGCAGCACUGUCAAGGACCAGAGCCAGAUGGCUAAUAUUACCAACUGGAAACUCAACAAGCCGUCGUCCAAGAUGUUUUGAAAUAAAAAAUUAUAUGCA